CAUGGUAUACCCGUUUUAUGUAGGACAAUUAUAGAAUGCAGAUACGGUUCGGAUUAUAACUUUGUUACUUAAUUGCCGAUGUUAUCAUGAACAUCUUAAAACCGCACUGCUUAUAAAUUUUGUUGGCUUAUCAACUACGAACCGAUUCCACAUUUUCACAAUUUCACUAUUUACAUAUAAAUAAGUAGAUUUUACCAAAUUUCUACAUACUGAUUCUUAAGUAACAUUUAUCGCUACCUUAUAUAAAGAAACUUCUAAACAAAAAUAGUUAUGACUACUUCUAAUAAUACUACCGUUCUUAUUUCUGGAGCAACUGGUUUCAUUGCCCAACAUAUUAUUUCUCAGCUUCUUGCUAAGGGUUACAAGGUUGUUGGUUCAGUUAGAUCAACUCAAAAGGGUGAAGAUUUAGCUAAGAUCUUUGAAAAUUCAAACUUCUCUUAUGAAGUUGUUCCAAUUCUUGAAAAGGAAGGUGCCUUUGAUGAAGUCUUGAAGAAGCAUCCUUCUGCUACUGUCUUCUUACAUACUGCUUCUCCAGCUACUAGUCAAGUUGAGAAUAAUGAAAAAGAUAUCAUCAUUCCAGCUCUUGAAGGUACUAAAUUCGUUCUUAAAUCAAUAAAGGAACAUGCCCCACAAAUUACUAGAGUUGUUUACACCAGUUCAAUUGUUGCUACUGGUACCGCCGCUCAAAUCUUAGGUGGAGAAUUCAAAGGUGGUGAAGAUACCUGGAAUAGCAUCACUUAUGAACAAUCCAAAGAAAAUGGGUUUAAUGCUUACUGUGGCUCAAAGACAUUUGCUGAAAAGGCUGCAUGGGAUUUUGUUGAACAAGAGAAACCAAACUUCACUCUUAGUACCAUCAAUCCUGUUUUCGUUUUUGGUCCUCAAAAUGCUGCUCCUAAGACAAGAGAAUUAAAUUCUUCAGCACAAAUGGUAGCAAGUGUGUUAUAUGCCACAGAUUCAGUCCCCCCAAUUGGUGGUGCUUUCGUUGAUGUGAGAGAUACUGCAAAAGCACAUAUUUUAGCUUUUGAAACUGAGAAGGCUCAAGGUAAGAGAUUUGUCCUUACAAACAGUGUUUUCAAUGGUCAAACCAUCUUAGACAUUAUUGUUGCUAACUUCCCUCAAUUGAAAGACAAACUUCCAACUGGUACACCUGGUGUUUCAAUCUCUGGUCCUACCGCAUUUAAUGACAAGAACGCUAAAUCAAUAUUGUCGAUUGAUUAUAUUAGUCUUGAAAAGUCUGUUGUUGAUUCAAUCAAACAAAUUAUUGAUCUUUAAGCUUAGUGACUAUAGAACAAUUAAUAUUUUUUUAAGCAGACUUUUAUGUAUUAACAAAUUAUAUAUCUUCUUGUAUAUGAAUCUUCUAAUAAUUUGACAACGUAACUUAUAUAGAUUACAUAAAUAAAUCAACAUUUCUAUUCCCAAUUUAGUUAGGUAAAGAAACUUUGAGUUUUAAUCAGCU